CACAACAUUAACUAUAUCCAAAAAAUAAGUAGAAAAACAUUAACUCUGUACCUCCUGUCUUGUAAAGAGCAGAAAGUGACCGUAGAAAAACUAUCUGCUAGUCAAUUUCAUUCACCUUCUUCUCUCCUAAGCCACCAAAAAAAAACAAAUUUCUUAUACCAAUUGUGUUGAAGAAGAUUCAGCCAUUACCAAAAAGCUUUUGCUUGUCUGUGAAGUUUUUUUUUUUUUUUUUGCCUUUUCUGUUGGUUUCCAUUAAAGCUUUUGACACGAGAGGUUGUUGGCAAACCAAAUAAAGUUUCAAUCUUUACCUUAUAUAAGCCCCUUUGUAUCAUUCUUCUCUUCAGCUAUACGGUAAAUAUGAUACCAUUCUUUGUUUUUUUGACUCCCCUGUUUUUUCUUCUGCAAAAUAGUUUCUUUGUACAUGGGAUUUUAGACCCAAUUGAUUUCUUAGCUUUACAAGCGAUUCGGAAAAGCUUAGAUGAUUUACCAGGGUCGAAAUAUUUUGCUUCAUGGGAUUUCACCUCUGAGCCAUGUGACUUCGCUGGAGUUUACUGCAGUGGAAAUAAAGUGAUCGCACUGAAUCUUGGUGAUCCAAGAGCCGGGUCACCGGGUUUAACCGGAAAUUUGGAUCCUUCUAUUGGGAAACUCUCUGAUCUUGCGGAGUUUACAGUGGUUCCGGGUCGGAUAACGGGUCCAUUACCCGAAAGUAUUUCUCAGUUGAAAAACCUGAGGUUUCUUGGAGUUAGCCGGAAUUUUCUUUCCGGUGAUAUUCCGGCUUCAUUAGGCCAACUUAGGGGGUUACAAACACUUGACCUUAGUUUUAAUCAGCUUACUGGUAAUAUCCCUUGGGCUAUUGGAGCACUUCCAACAUUGUCCAACGUUAUAUUAUGUCACAACCAUUUGUCUGGUUCAAUACCACCUUUUGUGUCCCAAAGAUUAACCCGUUUAGACCUUAAACACAACGAACUUUCUGGCACCCUUUUGCCUAAUUCACUUCCUUCAUCACUUGAAUACUUGUCAUUGUCAUGGAACCAGUUAUCAGGUCCAGUUGAUUAUCUUUUAACUCGGUUGAACCAGUUGAACUACCUUGAUCUUAGCUUGAACCGGUUCACUGGCUGCAUUCCAGGAAUCUUGUUUACUUUCCCACUCACAAAUCUUCAACUACAAAGGAAUUUAUUUACUGGUCCGGUUUUACCCAUGUCACAAGUGACAAUACCAACGGUGGAUAUCAGUUUUAACAGGUUUUUUGGGGAGAUAUCACCAUUGUUGUCUAAUGUGCAGAAUUUGUAUCUGAAUAAUAACCGGUUCACUGGUCAGGUUCCAGCGGUUUUGGUGGACCGGUUGUUAGCAGCAGGGAUACAGGUUUUGUAUUUACAGCAUAAUUUUCUGACAGGGAUUGAGAUUAAACCAACGGUGGAGAUUCCGGUUAGCAGUUCACUGUGUUUGCAGUAUAAUUGCAUGAUUCCGCCGGUUCAGACCGCUUGUCCGUUGAAAGCCGGGAAGCAGAAGAGUAGGCCUACAAAUCAGUGUGUGGAGUGGAAGGGGCAAAAGGGUGAAAAAACAAACAAUAUUAAAGGAUAAAUUAUGGUUUGAUUGUUCUUUUUUAUUUGAUUCAUUAUUUAAUUUUUUCCUGUUUGUGGUGAAAUUAUUAUGGGGUUAAAAAAUAAGAAAGUAAAUGUGCAUAAAGGAGAGAAAAUUCGAGUAAAAGUGGGGAAGGGUGGAUUGACCUUCCUAUUAUUUUUAUGUUAUGUUUUCUAUUAAGCUAAAAGUGUGACUAACAAUUUUGGCAUUUCUUUUUUGUAAUUAGGUUAUAAUAUUUUGCUGCUUAUUCAAUUUAUAUUGGGUUCCCAUUAUAUCCUUUAUACGGU